GUGGGUGAACAGAAGCCUCUGCUUUGAACACCCCUGGCCAGGGCAUGUGUCCCACAGAUGUGUUGGUGUCUUCAUUCCUUGUCCCCAUAACUGGAUUCGGUAGGUGGGAUUGAGUGUGAGAUCAUCCCAGACUGUCCUGGACGCACAGGUCUCCUGUUAGGGUGUCCUGCGGUAAGCUUCAGCCUAUAGGACAAGAGUCUACUGGGUUCCUCCACGAAGGGUUUGUUCUCUGAAAAUGACAGGCAAGCAAGGAGAACUUGGCACCCUGCCUCUUCCAGCCUUAAAUACAUCCAGAUGGGGAGGUGAUGUCCAGAGCUGCAGCAGCCAUUUUGCAACCAGGAGUCGGCGGCCUCCAAAAUGAAGAGCCAGUGUCCUAGGGUAGUGAAGCAGAGAGAGGCUGGCCCCAGCCCGUGAUGAAACUGCUCACCUCUGGGCCUGCUGUCCUGAGAGACUAACAGCUCAUCAGUGCUCAGCCAGGCUGGUUGGGUUUAGGUUAUUACUUGCAGUUCUUUGUUUUCUUUGGAGAGAGAAGACAGCCAGGUCCCACGUCUGAACAUCCGCUCUAAGACUCGACCUGCCCCCCGGUGUCCAGGUGAGCGUGAAUCGGCUCCUCCCGGGGCUGAUGCGUUGUGCCCUCUCCCACCAAGCCAGACCCUACCUCAGGUCUCUGGCGCGGACACUGCAGGGUGGGCGCAGACCUUCCCCUCCCUGAUUCAAAGAACCCCUGUGACCCCCUGACCAGGCCUUCCCGAGAUCCUCCCCCCACCCCCACAGCCCCCCCUCGCCGUGUCCAGUGUCAGGGGGACCGGGCUGCACGCCCCACAUGUCUGCUCAUGCGGCCGUGUCCCCCGGCUGGCCCUCGGGGGUAACCUCUGUGAAGGACAGGGCCUGGGCCCGUGGUCAGUGACCCACCCCUACCUCCUGCUGUGGCCACGGCUAGCACAGGUAUCCCACCGGACUUUGCACCCCAGCCCCCACACGGAGCUCCUCGACCCAUCGAAUGCUCGCGUGUUUCGGCCUGCGUGCGCCUGGCACUGCGCUUGGUGCUGGGGACACGACGACUGAGGGGUUUCUGCUCUUAACAGCCUCCUCACGUGUGGGUCAGGCACGUUGUCUCAUGUUGACACGUGCUCCGAGGGGACAGUUGUGUCCACCACCUGUCCCCUGGCCGUCCCUCAGUUUCCCUUAGGGGCACUGGAGGUCGGAGUUGCUAUAAGAGGCCUUGGGGAUUAUCUGUGAUUUCCUUUAGACCCUUCCCCUCACAACCGUAACUAAUCACAACGCUGACUGUCUCCCUCCCGUGAAGUCCUCAACAGGCACAUCAGAACCAGAUGGGGAGUCUCGAGGCCUCACCAGGAAGAAGACUGGUUGUCCGCCAGAGGCUGUCCAGUUCUCAGGCCCUUUGAAGUCUCAGGCCGGGGGGGGGGGGGGGGGGGGAGGGCGCGUCCAUCUUAAAGGCCUCAUUUGUGGAGCUGGAAAUACUAACAGCCCUGAAGUGUGACGGCACAGAGGCGGGGGACAAGGCUGCUCCCAUGACAGACUCUUGGUCGGUGCCCCCACAUGUGGAGGUGGUCAAGAAGCUGGUCCCUGGUGAUGGACAGCCGCAGUGUGAGUCCUGGGGCCACCCCCACUGGCCGUGGCACCACCCUGUGGUCCUGGGAGCCUUUGCUCCCUUUGGAGUUCUCCAUCAGGCGAGAGAGUGGGAGGUGGAGUCCACAGAAGGCAUAAAGCUGGGACGGGCCGGGGUCGGGGGGGGGGGAGGUUGGUGUGUUCCAUCAUGUGCCUGGUUCCUGGGGGGUUUGGGCUUUUCGUCUUCUAUGGUGGGGGGGGGGCGGUGCUCGUGCCAGAAACAGACACGUGCGUUGCUAGGCGUUGCCCCGCGGGAGCCCUUCCCUGUGUCCACCAGAAGAUGGGACAGGAACGCCUGGCGGGUCUGGGGAGACGUCCAGGGUGCUCUGUACGCCAAGGACCGCUGCUCGCACCCGCACGGGUGUCUGAGCGCGAAGCAGAGGAAAGCGGGAAAGCACACACACAGAAUUCACUGGUGGUCAUGGGGUGGCUCCCAGGGCAGGGGGGAUGCCCCAAGGGUUCUGGUGCAGUUCAUGUUUGAUGGCUUGAUCUGGGUGCUGCUUUCCCGGCUGUGUGGAGUUGGGGCACCCACUCACCUGCACUUUUUAUGAUUUGUGUACUUCUUACGUAUGAGGUACUUCAAUAAAGAGCACAAACCAAAGGGGGUAAAGGAGCUUUGUGAGUUUGUGUGAUGAGUAUACAAGCGGGUACUGACGUGUGGUCACACGUGUGGGCCCUGCCAUCAGAGGCCACCUGGCUUCAACGGGAACGUCACAGAUACGCUCGAAACACCGAGACCUCCCUCCCGGUCCCCUCCUGGCCCCACCACCACCACAGAACGAGCCACUCCCCUUUCUCGCUCCGGAUUUUCUCUGCCUGUCAACCAACAGUUCGAUUCCCCCGCCCACCCUCGCCCUUUAGAGGAGAGAUUGCAGUCUUCGGUGAGAAAGCACUGGGCGCUCUGGGGCGAGGUGCCCGCAGGCUGCGCGGUGGCUCGGGCAGCGCACCACGUGGUCGCAGACCGAGGUCUGCCCUUGAAGUGGUUUCUUCCGCAGAGGAAAUGGGGCUUGCCCCUCCCCCAGUGGAGGAUGAGGCCGGGCAAAAGGCUGUUGUGACCAGGAUGCCCUGCAGCAGGUCUCAGUGAAGGGGGUGGGGUUCUCGGGGGCAGGGGCUACCCUUCGCAUUUAACGUGGGGUGUUGCAGGCCGGGGUGGUCAACAGCCAAUGGCUGUUCCCAAGGCAGAGUGGUAUCAGGUGGGUGUCCGGGAUCAGAGAUGGCUCCAGGAAGGGGUGUUUGCAGCGGGCCUGGAGGAGGUUAGAAGUCUUGGGGUAGAUUUAGAGGAGAACCCCCCCCCGCCACCCGUCCCCGCCCACAUGCAAACAGAUGCCGGGAGCAGAGCCAGGCUGGGAGUGAUGGUGGAGCACAGGUGACGGGAGAUCCCCAGCCGAGCCCUGAAGGGCCCUUGAAGGUCCAGGGCCCUUGGAGUGAGGACGGCCCUGGAUGCCAUUUGUGUUGCCUGGCAGCAGGCCGGGGUACCAUGGGUGCUCUCUGAUGGUGCGUCCAGGGUGCACGCCCAUCAUGUGGCCGCCCUCAGGAGGAGGGGCUCUGGGGACUUGGAAGAACCGGAGAAAGGCUUCAUUCUUUCUGGGACCUCAGCCCACCCCGGGCCUGGGGAAGCAGGAGGCCUGGCCGGCCACGAGGCAGCAAGAGGCACAGAAAAACGUAUGUCCGGACCCGAGCCACCGCACCUCCACGGAAGAGGUGGGGAGGUGGGCCGAGGGUCCAGAGAGACUAGAGGUUGGUACAAGGGAGCUUGGGGUCCUGGCCGAGAAGUGACCGCUCUGGUGGGAGGCUGGGGUCUUUCCAGCUGCAUUGUGCCUGAGCUGACAUUUGUCCGGACGGGGAGAGGGUGACUGCGAGGGCGGCCCCGGGAGACCGACGAAGCCUGCUGGAAGCACCGUUGCUGAGCAGGACGCCGCAGAGUGAGGCCCCGUUCCUGUUCCCUGGCGGACUAUGUCCGUGCAGGGCCCCCCGAGGAGGCUGCUGGGCUCCCUCAACUCCACCUCCCCAGCCGCCCCGCGCCUCGGGCUGGCCGCCAACCAGACAGGGCCGUGCCUGGAGGUGUCCGUUCCCGACGGACUCUUUCUCAGCCUGGGGCUGGUGAGCGUGGUGGAACGUGCUGGUGUGGCCGCCAUUGCCAACCGCAACCUGCACUCGCCCAUGUAUUACUUCAUCUGCUGCCUGGCCGUGUCCGACCUGCUGGUGAGCGUGAGCAGUGUGCUGGAGACGGCCGUCAUGCUGCUGCUGGAGGCAGGCGCCCUGGCCGGCCGGGCCGCCGUGGUCCAGCUGGACGACGUCAUUGACGUGCUGGUCUGUGGCGCCAUGGUGUCGAGCCUCUGCUUCCUGGGCGCCAUCGCCGUGGACCGCUACAUUUCCAUCUUCUACGCGCUGCGGUACCACAGCAUCGUCACGCUGCCCCGGGCGUGGCGGGCUAUCUCAGCUAUCUGGGUGGCUAGCGUCCUCUCCAGCACGCUCUUCAUCGCCUACUACCAUCACACGGCCGUCCUGCUCUGUCUCGUCAGCUUCUUUGUGGCCAUGCUGGUGCUCAUGGCCGUGCUGUACGUCCACAUGCUCGCCCGGGCGUGCCAGCACGCGGGCAUCGCCCGGCAUAAGCGGCAGCGCCCCGUCCACCAGGGCUUGGGCCUCAAGGGCGCGGCCACGCUCACCAUCCUGCUGGGCAUUUUCUUUCUCUGCUGGGGCCCCUUCUUCCUGCACCUCUCGCUCAUGGUCCUCUGCCCUCGACACCCCAUCUGUGGCUGCGUCUUCAAGAACUUCAACCUCUUCCUCACCCUCAUCAUCUGCAACUCCAUCGUCGACCCCCUCAUCUACGCCUUCCGCAGCCAGGAGCUCCGGAAGACGCUCCAAGAGGUGCUGCUGUGCUCAUGGGGCAGGCACUUGCCAAAGGGGACGGACGAGCCGAUCUCUGGCGGUGCGGAGGCAUGGACCCUCUGGGCCCGAGAAGGGAGAGAGCACAGACCUCCAGGAGUUGCUGUGGAGACUGGAGGCUGGGGAGAUGGCGGGGCCGCAGGCACUAGAGGUGGGUCCUGGGCCCCUGGACGGGGACUCUGCCCACCCCUGGAGCGCUCCACCUCCAGCCAGGCACCAGGCAGGACACCCACCUUUGCUGCCAAGUCUUUGGAUCUGUGCCCCUUGGCCUGUCGGGAUGCGAAGUCUCUGCGUGGGCCGAAUGACAAGCGCUGCUCCCCGGGAGGGCCUCUGGAAAAGGGACUCUGUGACCAGCCGGCCUGGCUUCACAGGCCUGCUUCAGGAAGAAGUGAGCUGCUGUUUCAGGCAGAGGGACCGUGUCUGCACGGGCUCCAGCGGAGGGCGGGGCUGAUCCAAGGCUCAGCGGUGACCAGAGAGCAUGGGGGCUGGGGUGGCCAUCUGUGUGCACCCCACGUAUCUGGCAGACGGCGCCGGCCAGUGCCUGCUCAGGCCAAGGCGGGGUUGUCGCUCAGAGCAACCAGAGUGAAGAGACAGCAGGAGCAGCACUGCACCGCCCCAGACACCGCCAUGGCGCCACGACUCGCCACUGUCCAGGCUGCAGCCAAAGCUGGACCCCCCCCCCGGCCAGCCGCCCCGCAGCGCUGCCCCAGCCAGCCCCCACCCAUGCUGGCAGCUUCAGCCCAGACCGCUGGCCUCGAGGCCAGGAGCUGGUUCCCGGCAGGGCCAGCCUUUGCUGGAGACAGGAUGCCAGCCCCGGCCUGUACGCGCGUGUCCCGCAGCCGCCCGCCGCCCGCACCGAGCAUGAGGGAGAUCGUGCACAUCCAGGCCCAGUGCGGCAACCAGAUCGGGGCCAAGUUCUGGGAGGUGAUCAGCGACGAGCACGGUAUAGACCCCAGUGGCAACUAUGUGGGGGACUCGGACCUUCAGCUGGAGCGCAUCAGCGUCUACUACAACGAGGCCUCUUCUCAUAAGUAUGUGCCUCGGGCCAUUCUCGUGGACCUUGAGCCUGGGACCAUGGACAGUGUCCGGUCUGGGGCCUUUGGGCACCUCUUCAGGCCUGACAACUUCAUCUUCGGUCAGAGCGGGGCUGGCAACAACUGGGCCAAGGGUCACUACACGGAGGGCGCCGAGCUGGUGGACUCAGUCCUGGACGUGGUGCGGAAGGAAUGUGAGAAUUGCGACUGCCUGCAGGGCUUCCAGCUGACCCACUCGCUGGGCGGGGGCACGGGCUCGGGCAUGGGCACCCUCCUCAUCAGCAAGGUGCGCGAGGAGUACCCGGACCGCAUCAUGAACACCUUCAGCGUGGUGCCCUCGCCCAAGGUGUCGGACACGGUGGUGGAGCCCUACAACGCCACGCUGUCCAUCCACCAGCUGGUGGAGAACACGGACGAGACCUACUGCAUCGACAACGAGGCCCUGUACGACAUCUGCUUCCGCACCCUCAAACUGGCCACGCCCACCUACGGCGACCUCAACCACCUGGUGUCGGCCACCAUGAGCGGCGUCACCACGUCCCUGCGCUUCCCGGGCCAGCUGAACGCCGACCUGCGCAAGCUGGCCGUGAACAUGGUGCCCUUCCCGCGCCUGCACUUCUUCAUGCCCGGCUUCGCCCCGCUCACCGCCAGGGGCAGCCAGCAGUACCGCGCGCUCACGGUGCCCGAGCUCACGCAGCAGAUGUUCGACGCCAAGAACAUGAUGGCCGCGUGCGACCCGCGCCACGGCCGCUACCUGACGGUGGCCACCGUGUUCCGCGGCCGCAUGUCCAUGAAGGAGGUGGACGAGCAGAUGCUGGCCAUCCAGAGCAAGAACAGCAGCUACUUCGUCGAGUGGAUCCCCAACAACGUCAAGGUGGCCGUGUGCGACAUCCCGCCACGCGGCCUCAAGAUGUCCUCCACCUUCAUCGGCAACAGCACGGCCAUCCAGGAGCUGUUCAAGCGCAUCUCCGAGCAGUUCACGGCCAUGUUCCGGCGCAAGGCCUUCCUGCACUGGUACACGGGCGAGGGCAUGGACGAGAUGGAGUUCACCGAGGCCGAGAGCAACAUGAACGACCUGGUGUCCGAGUACCAGCAGUACCAGGACGCCACGGCCGAGGAGGAGGGCGAGAUGUACGAAGACGAUGAGGAGGAGUCCGAGGCUCAGGGCCCCAAGUGAAGCGGCUGGAGGGGCGAGCCGGGCUGCGGCCAGGGCCACGCGGCCUGUCCCCUGGCGCCACGUCGCUACUGACACCACCCCCAGGCUUGCCCCCACCAGCUCUGCUCACAGCACCCUAGGGCCCCCGAGAGCUUGUCCUCCAGUAUUUACGGCAUCCCCACCCCACGUGAGUCCUGUCUUCCCGCCAUAGGUCACCUCCAUUUUUGUGUCUGCUUUAUUGUCAGCUGCAGGCCUGAUGUUUUAUGGCUUGUUUUGUUUCUUUUGUUUUGUUUUUUUGGUUUUUUACUGGUUUGUGUUUAUAUUUUUGGGGGAGGGGAUACUUAAUAAAUUUAUUGCUGUCAGAUAUC